AUGGACAACGUCGGGCUCUCGACGCCGCGCGGUAGCGGCACGUCGGGGUACGUGCAGCGCAACCUGGCGCACACGCGACCGCGCGACAAGGCGGCGCCCUACCAGCCCCGCGAGAGCGACAACCUGCGCCACAAGCAGCGCCUGCCCGACAAGGGCCUGCUCGAGCACGAGCGCAAGCGCGAGGUCGAGGUCAAAGUCUUUGAGUUGCGCGACCAGCUCGAGGAGAAGGGCGUCGGCGAGGACGAGAUCGACGCCAAGUGCGACGCGUUGCGCAAGCAGCUCCUGGCUGACAUGGACAGCAAGCGUAACGUGCCCGGGCCGACGCGGCUGAGAAUGCACCAGGUCCACGAGCUCGCCGACGCCAAGAUCAAGGAGAGCGAGCGCCUGCGCCAAGCCCUCAAGAUCAGCAAGGACUACGAGGAGGGCAGCCACUGGAGGAAACAGGAGGAGCGCCAGAAGCAGGCCCUCGGGCGCGAGGCUGAGUCGAACCGCAGGAGGGAUGAUGUCGACGGAGGAGACGACGCCGACGCCGACGCCGACGACGACCGCCGGCGAUGA